CGUUCUCGUGUCAGCCAUCUUGACCGGUGUGUUUCUUGAACGUUGCUGUAUUCAAUCAUGUCGAAACGACGGUUAGAUGUAAGUGGAAAUGGUAAUAAUACUGCAAAUAGUCCUAUAUCUACAGCUAAAAGGAUAAAAGAGGAGCUAAGUAACCCAAGUAAUCUUCGAGGGAAGGUGAAUCCCUACAAUGGCCGACCUUUUACAGAACGGUACUUUGAUAUUUUAAAGAAGAGAAUAGACUUGCCUGUYUGGGAAUACCGGGAGGAGUUUAUGGAAACUGUUAAAAGAAAUAAGAUUCUCGCUUUGGUGGGAGAAACGGGUUCAGGAAAAACUACACAGAUACCACAAUGGUGCUUAGAAGUAAGGCAAGACAAAAGUAGAAAAGUAGCUUGUACUCAACCCAGACGAGUAGCUGCUAUGAGUGUUGCUCAACGUGUUGCAGAUGAAUUAGAUGUGGUUUUGGGUCAAGAAGUUGGUUAUACUAUAAGAUUUGAGGAUUGUACAGGUCCAAGGACAGCAUUAAAGUACAUGACAGAUGGUAUGUUGUUGCGUGAAGCUAUGACGGACCCGUUAUUAGAACGUUAUGCUGUCAUACUUCUUGAUGAAGCUCACGAGAGAACAUUAGCAACAGACAUACUAAUGGGAYUACUGAAAGAGGUUGUCAAACAGAGACAUGAUCUGAAGAUCAUCAUCAUGAGUGCUACACUUGAUGCAGGCAAGUUCCAGGAAUACUUUGACAACUGUCCACUGAUGAAAAUUCCUGGUCGAACACACCCUGUAGAGAUCUUUUACACGCCACAGCCAGAAAGAGACUAUCUAGAGGCAGCUAUCCGUACAGUWAUCCAGAUACACAUGUGUGAGGACAUUGCUGGGGAUAUUUUACUUUUUCUGACUGGACAAGAGGAAAUUGAAGAAGCUUGUAAAAGAAUAAAGAAAGAAGUAGACAAUCAUGGUACAGAAAUUGGUGAAAUGAAAUGCAUUCCUUUGUACUCCACUCUUCCUCCACAACAGCAGCAGCGUAUCUUUGAAUCAGCUCCUCCAAACAGACCAAACGGUGCCAUUGGACGCAAGUGUGUAGUGGCAACYAACAUUGCAGAGACUUCCUUAACAAUUGAUGGAGUUGUAUUUGUGAUUGAUCCAGGUUUCUCUAAACAAAAAGUAUACAAUCCUCGUAUYCGUGUGGAGUCACUGCUAGUUUCAGCUAUUUCCAUGGCUAGUGCYGAACAGCGUGCUGGUCGUGCUGGUCGUACUCGUCCAGGAAAGUGCUUUAGACUCUACACAGAGAAGGCCUACCAGACAGAAAUGCCUAAGAAUACCUAUCCAGAAAUCUUGCGCUCAAACCUUGGUACCGUUGUACUGCAGCUUAAGAAACUUGGUAUUGACGACUUGGUGCAUUUUGACUUCAUGGACCCUCCAGCACCGGAAACUUUAAUGCGUGCACUGGAGCUUCUAAACUACCUUGGUGCCUUGGAUGACAAUGGAGAUUUGACAGAACUUGGCAAUAUGAUGGCAGAGUUUCCACUAGAUCCACAGCUUGCCAAAAUGGUCAUUGCUAGUUGCGAGUUUAAUUGCUCAAAUGAAAUACUUUCAAUCACGUCKAUGCUUUCAGUUCCUCAGAUUUUCAUGAGGCCCACUGAAGCCAAAAAGGCAGCAGAUGAAGCCAAGAUGAAGUUUGCUCACAUUGAUGGUGAUCACCUAACUCUUCUAAAUGUCUUCCAUGCUUUCAAACAAAAUCACGACGAUGCUCAAUGGUGUUACGAUAAUUUUAUACAACAACGUUCACUUAAAUCAGCUGACAACAUCAGAUCACAGCUAGCUCGAAUUAUGGACCGGUUUAAACUAGCACGAAAGAGUACGGACUUUAACAGCAGAGACUAUUAUCUGAACAUUAGAAAAGCCUUGGUGUCGGGAUUCUUCAUGCAGGUGGCACAUCUAGAGAGGUCUGGACACUACUUGACAGUCAAGGAUAACCAGGUAGUACAGCUGCAUCCGUCAACAUGUUUGGACCACAAACCAGAAUGGGUUUUAUACAACGAGUUUGUCCUCACAACCAAGAACUACAUUAGAACUGUAACCGAGAUCAAGCCUGAAUGGUUAAUCAAAUUUGCCCCUGUCUACUACGACAUGAGGAACUUCCCAAUGUGUGAGGCUAAGAGGGUGCUGGAAAGAAUYGUGGAGAAACUACAGAGAGUCAAGUGAAUGCCCUCCUUAGUGUCUGAUUUAGCCACUGUACAUUGUGAUUUUGCAUUAAUUGUAUUAAACAGAAACUUGUAAUUCCAGUAUUGUUAGGUCUGUUAGUGUUGUAGGUGUAUGUUGGUGUAUGUUGGUGUUUGUAUAUAUGUAUGUGAGUUUUUGUUUCUUUUUUCUUUUGUGUGUUACUUCAAACCACUAAUUUUGAAAUAGAUAGAUUGUAUUUGAUUAUAUUUCCAACAUAACAACAUGCAUAAAACAUUUUGUAUUUAUAGUGCAUUAAAAGUUGUGUUUACUCAUA